AUGGUCCAGAGCGGCGAAGUGUUGACGGGCGCGCGCUUCUUCCGUGUGGUGCCGAAUUUCAUGGUGCAGUUCGGCAUCCCCGGGAACCCAGAGGUUGCCAGCACCUGGCGCAGCAAGACCAUCCCGGAUGAUAAGGUGAAGGAGAGCAACAAGCGCGGCUACAUGACCUUCGCGACUGCCGGCCCGAACACCCGCACCACCCAGCUCUUCAUCAACACCGCUGACAACAGCUUCCUGGACAGCCAGGGAUUCUCGCCCUUCGCAGAGGUGUUGGAGAAUGGCAUGGAUGUCGUAGACCAAAUCCAGA